GCAUCCCAGUCUCGCAGUUUUAGGCUUACCGAGGAGCACCGAGCCAGAGCACUUUCACUUUGAGCGUGCGUGAGCCGGUUCACACUCGGGCAGGAGGAGUCACAUGACGGCAGCGGAAUCCGAGAGCGCGAGACCGAGACCGAGAGCGCGAGCAGAGCGCUGCUUCGUUCCGCCUCGCGCCGUCGCCACCGCAGCCGCCAUUCCGCGCUCUGCGCCCUAACGCGAUUUUUAUUGCGACAUUUUACUCCCGCUCGAAAAGCCAGCAGAAAAGGAUGACCGGUAAGAGUCAAACAAGCAACGUGACCAACAAGAAUGACCCACGUUCCCUCAACUCCAGAGUCUUUAUCGGCAACCUUAACACAGCCAUCGUCAAGAAAUCCGACAUCGAGGUCAUCUUUGCCAAGUACGGCAAGAUCGUGGGCUGCUCCGUGCACAAGGGCUACGCCUUCGUCCAGUACAUGAGUGAGAGGAACGCCCGGGCUGCCGUCGCAGGCGAGAAUGCCCGCAUCAUAGCAGGACAACCGCUGGAUAUCAACAUGGCCGGAGAACCCAAACCGUACAGGCCCAAAGCUGGCUCCAAAAGACCUCUCUCUGCCGUAUACACUGGAUAUGAAUUUGAUUAUGAUUACUACCGUGAGGAUUUCUAUAAUCGGCUCUUUGACUAUCAUGGACGGGUGGCCCCACCUCCACGGGCCGUCAUCCCUCUGAAGCGCUCGCGUGUUGUAGUGCCGUCGACGCGGAGAGGAAAGACUUCCUUCUCCAUCAAAACCUCAACCUCUUCGUCCUCACGGCCACCCUCGUCCUCCUCCUCCUCCUUCUCCUCUGGCCUCAAGCUCAAGACAGAUCAGCUCCAGACAAUCAAGCGUGAGCUGACUCAGAUCAAGCUGAAGAUCGACUCUCUCCUGGGCCGCCUGGAGAAGAUAGAGAAGCAGCAUAGAGCCGAGGCGGAGGCUCAGAGGAAAUAUGAGGAUAACUGUGACUCGCUACAUGAGGAGUCUGUGUCAGAGACAGCCGAGAACUCGGCUGAGGAGGCAGGCGAAGGGACGCUAGACGCAGAGGCCGGAGAGAUGACUGACGGUGGAGAGGACGACUACGACGAGGAGGGCAGCACUGAUCUGAUAGAGAACCAUGUGUCUGACAUUGACAACUAAAGGCUGUGUCAAAUGGGAAAUCAACACUGCUUUGUCACUGCAGUGUCAGGAGGAAGGAAGGAUGACAUGAAACUAUGGGGAAAGCUUCAAAAACUGGGGAAAAGAAAAAAGAACUGAUAACUUUUAGAGAGACAGUGAGAGCAGGCGUAUGAUGUGUCGUGGUGAGUGGUGAAGCAUAGUGCACUCAUGGACAAAUCUCUCACGGCCAGUCGUUAUCAAUCGCUCAGCGUUUUAUUGGUCUUCUUUUGAUCAUUUUAAAUUAUUCAUUCUUUCAGAGGAUGGAGCUUAACAUUGCUUGUAUAGAGUGAAAAUAAAAAUGAACUGGUUUCACACAUUUUCUGAUUUGUUGUGGCAGAAUCUUCUCUGUUUGUAAUGUUCCAGCUUGAAAUUCCAGCUUGUUUUAUUUCCAUUAAAUGUCUGACUGAACUCAGCUUUGUUUUAUCUGUGUGAUAAUCCAUGUAAAUAUAGUGGCAUUCGUGUGGAAAAAAAGGAAUAUAGUGUUAAAGAGAAUACAGUGCUGUUAGUAAGACUGAAGAAGAUUUAUUAGUUGUUCAUUACCUCAUGAUUUUCUUUCAGUCGAUUUUUCCAUUCUGCAGUGGAGUGAAGCAGAUGCUGCUGUAGCGGCUGUGGAUUCCCUCCGGCAAACACUGCCAUGUGUCUGUUUGCAGUCAUACUCAUCUCUCUCUCUCUCUCUCUCUCUCUCUCUCUCUCUCUCUCUCUUUCCAACUCUACUUCUCCAUUUGUCCUUCUCUCAUUUCACCCUCCCUCCAUCUCUCUAUCUUGCCAUUUUUCCAUCCUUCGCAUUAGCCCAUGAUCUCAUUCUCAAUACUUUUCUUUAGCUUCACGCAGUGCUGCGUAAUAAUCGCCUCAGGUGUGCCGUCCAUAGCAAUGGUGAUAAUAUUUGCUUAAAUGUUCUACAGUUCACACCCCAUUAAUUCAGUGAUGUACAAACAUUUGGUUGCUUUCAUGAACCAGUACUGCAUCUACCCCCUAAAUGACAAGUCUCUGUUUGUUCAGUCCAGAAAACUAGCCCAAAGACUUUCAGCACUGUACUGCCAUAUCAUGUCUAUGGAUUGGCCAUAUCUGUCUUGAGAAAUAUCACUAAAUUAACUAGCAUCUGCUUCGUGUAUCUACUUUUCUCCAAGUGAGACUUGUUACUAUGUUUUUGUGUCAUUGUAGCUUUCUUUCUUAUGCACACAUGUUUUGUGUUAGAAGAGUCCAUAUCCAAACUUCAGAUAUGUUUAUACACAUAUAUUUCCACAUAUAGCAUGUUUAAUGGAUGAUAAACUGCAGUUACUCCAAAUUUUUGUUAGAUUUGUCUCAGUUACACAGCAUUGAAAAUGGACUCUAUUUUUGUAUGGCAAAUUUUGAUGGGUUUGGAAAGUCUGACUUCUUCUUCUUAUAUUUUUCAAACAAUUUUUUUUAUUUAGUGUCCCUGCAUCUGAAGUCUGUAUAAAGUACUCUCAGAGGAAUAGAAAAUAUGAGGAAACAUAUAAUGAACGGAGAAAAAAAAUAAAACAUGAUUCCCAACAUCAUAUCAUUUCACAUUGUGGGCAACAUGUGUAUAUCAAGGUUUUUUUUGUUUGUUUGUUUGUUUGUUUUUCUAAUAUACCAUUUUAAAUAAUUAGCUAUUGUAUACAGUCUAUGAUCAAAAAUCGGCCCAAGGACACGAUUCAUUGAAUAAAAACAUGUAUAGAAAUGUAUACUAUUUGUAAAGCUAUUUUUUAUGAUGAGCAUGUUGUUUAUUUUAAUGUAAUUUUUGUUUCAAUUCAGUUGUUGCAUUUAUUGUAUGGCUUUAGACUCCAUUGCAUAGAGAAAGAGCAUUAUUAAAAUCAGUGUAUGUGAUGUGA